AUGGAUCACAUACCGUCGCUGCCCAGAUCUUACAAGGGGAAUACAGAGUUGUUGAUCUGGGUCGAUCUGUUCACGGGAUACGUGAUCGCGAAAGCUAGCUCGUCCCGGUCGGCCCAGACGGUUGCGGAAUCGUACGAAGAGUGCGUAUUUUGGCGAUUCGGUGCCAGCGAGAUGAUCCGACAUGAUCGAGAACCCGGGGCGCUCAAGAUGUACGUUCGCGAUCUCGAUCAGAAGGAUUGGGAUGAGUAUGCCGAGCGACUUACCUUCGCGAUCAACACGGCCCACGAUCGGAUCCGAGGGGAUACCUCUCAUUAUCUGGUCUAUGAGGUGGGAUCCGAGGUCGACGCUGGAGGCUACACUGCCAGUCGGAUGUUCCAGACGGCGCGUUCGAGACGCGCGGCGGUGGUGUUAUCGAGUCCAGCGAUAUUAUCAGCAGUCCCGGAAACAAGUCAACACCAGAUUGAGGGAAGCCAUCGCAACCGGGUGAAGGAAGGAUACGCGCGGAAAUUGGCUCACCUGUGGCAUGGGCCAUUCCGGGUGGCCGAAACGAUCAACGAAUUCAGCGUCAAGCUCGAGAUUGCGUGUACUAGGUACCAGAUCUUUCCAGUAGUUCACGUGUCCAAGCUAAAAUUGGUCAAGGACUUCCCGGAUCGGCCACGAACGGAACUCACGGUGGACGAAUCAGAUUGCGUUGACUUCGAUGAGAUCCUGCUUCCGGAGGACAGCUGGGUCCCAGAUCUCGGAGCCGACGAGUACGAGGUCGAGCGGAUCUCGGAUGCUAGCGAGAUGCCUGAGGAGCAGAUCGGCCUCAGACAGGUCACUUGCGGCCAGAUCCCGCAAUUCACCGAGUUGGUCAAGCUGGAGAUCCCGGACCUGAUCGCGCUCAUUAAUCGUCUGAUUACGGUGUUGGAGGGCUGUGUCGCGAUCGGAAAGCGCACGAUCCCGAUCCUCGGUGACCUGUGCGAGUUGUGUGAAGACACGAUCUCGAUCGGAGGUGACCUGCGUCAGGGUAGCACGGGCGAGUGCAAGAUCGACCAAUGUGCGAUCUCGGUGUACCUGAGCCAAGGGGGUAGGACCUCCAAGGGAUUCGUACCUCGCGUCGUCGGUCUCACGCUCCAAGCCGCGGACCUGCUCCUGCAAGUCCCGGAUCUCGUCACGGGCCUGGAAAGCCUCCUGGCGCAGCCGAUCGCGAUCUGCCUCGGUAUUAUGAAGAUCCUCGCGGGUGAUCUCGUCUCGCUGGCCGUGCUCGAACACUUUCAUGUGCCGGACGUCGGAUCGCAGCUGGCGGACUUGCAGAUCGAGAUGAUCUCGAUCGCGGACGAGGCGAUCCCGUGCGAGGUUGCUCUGGCGGAGCUCGCCCUCCAGGCGCUGAAGGACUGUGAGGGCACUAUCACAGAGCAAGUGGAGCGCACCGAGAAGACCAAAGUCUUCUGCGUCCAGGCUUCCAGCGAGGUCAACGACCUUGACUCCAUGUUGUGCAAGGAAUGGCAAGAUUUCGCCCUCAUGAGCAAGCAUCUUCACUUGGCGCAAGGGGCCAUUGCCCAUCACGCCGAGGUCUUGGACUUGUUCAAGAAACAGUUGGCUGCUGCUGAGAGCGAGUCCGCCUCUUCGCUGCAUUUGCUCCGAGUCGAGUGCGAGCGGUUCAAGGCUGGCCUCACCGGCUACACCGCUCAGGCGAAAGAGUUGAAUCGUCGGCUGAAGGAGGCGGUGUCGACUCCGUGCCGAUCCGUCUCGUCGCCCUCGAAAAGGAAGUUGGCAGCCUCAAGCGGGCUAACUGGAUCCUCCGGCAGCAUUCGGCUAACCUUGGGCUCGAAACUGGCUCGCUGCCUGAAGCGAGGUCGUGAUUUUGACCGCGAAGAUUCCCCUGACGAUUCGUCCGGCGCAGAUUACGAACCCGACGAAGUUUCUGUCAAGGCCGCUGCUGCAGAGAAGACGUCAGCUGAGAAGAUCGCUGCCGAGAAGGCGGAGGCUCAGGAGGCAGCGACCCAGAAGGCUGCCACUGAGGAAGCUGCUCGAGCUGAAGCUGCUCGUGCCGAGGCUGCUGAGAAAGCUCUGACGAGGCCACGGCGGCCGUGA